GUCUGAGCCAGUUCACUCAAACUUUUGCUGUGUAAUCUGGAGAAGCGAGUCUUAGACCCGGCUGCAAUUCCACCGUUUAUCAAAGAAAUUUUAGACUUGACCUGUUAUUUACGAUGGAAUAUUUAAUCGGGAUACAAGGGCCAGAUUUCGUGCUCGUUGCUGCCGACAACGUUGCUGCUAGCAGCAUCAUUCAGAUGAAACACGACUAUGACAAGAUGUUUAAGCUGAGCGAGAAGAUCUUGCUGUUGUGUGUGGGAGAGUCCGGAGACACGGUGCAGUUUGCAGAGUACAUCCAGAAGAACGUUCAGCUCUACAAAAUGCGGAACGGUUAUGAACUCAGUCCAGCAGCGGCAGCAAACUUCACACGGAAGAACCUGGCAGAUUACCUCAGGAGCAGGACUCCGUACCACGUCAACUUGCUGCUGGCGGGAUACGAUGAAGCAGAUGGUCCAGGUCUCUACUACAUGGACUACCUGUCCUCCCUGGCCAAGGCGCCGUUCGCCGCCCACGGUUACGGAGCCUUCCUCACGCUGUCCAUCCUCGACAGAUACUACAAACCAGAUCUAACUCGAGAGGAUGCCAUAGACCUGCUGAAAAAGUGCAUCGAGGAGCUGAACAAACGCUUCAUUCUCAACCUUCACUCCUUUAACGUCCGUUUGAUUGACAAGGAGGGCAUCCACAACAUGGAGAAGCUCACCCUCGGCACCAAGUGACUGCUGGCUUAACCACCGACUUCCAUCUCGUCCUGCUUUUGUACCGAUGACCUUCCUAACUAAAUAAAACAUGACCUUCCUAAAUAAAACAUGAUGAAAGUA